CGCCUCUUCACCUCCAAAUCACGAAGACGAAAACCAGAAAAGAGAGGCUCAGAAACACAGGAGAGAGAAAAACAAGCGUCGACCGAAUCGCAUAACGCCAAAACUAGUAGGAAAGUAUGUGUGCGCGAAAAAGAUGGUAGGCGAAUGAAACACUUCUGUUGGUGGAUCUCGAAGCGACACACUCUUGGAUGGAAGGCCAAGAGUUAGUGAUUUUACCAUGAUUCCGUGGCUUUAAAGUUGAGAACUUUCAGGAAGAGAUAAGCGAAUGGGAGUUCGUUUGCGCUAGGAGGUGAGUUCAGAUCUUUUGGAUCCUGGAUUUUUCCACAAUUUCUGCUUUAGUUGGAGUUCGAUGUGAUUUGAGUCGAGCAUUGUUAGAUCUGAGAUUGGCAAGCGGGGUGUUAGUUAUGUAAAGCUGAACUGAAAUCAUCAUGGGCAUUCCUGUAAGGUGGUUUAAAUCAUUUGUUGGGAUUAAAAAGCAUGAGAGGCUGCAAAACUCAAGUAACGGUGAAAAUUUACUGGAACAUUCUCUUGAUUGGCUUUCCAUCAUUUUCCGUUUGCUUGAAGAAACUACAGAAAAAGGAUGCAACUAGAAGCCAUUGGCACCGGAGAAGCCGUUCUGUUGAUUUUGAUACUUUUGUAAAAGAGGAUGAGCGUGUUGUUGGAACUACUCUAUCGGCAGGAGAUGCAGUUGUCCAAGCAAGUUCAAAUUCAGAACACUCUCCUGCCACCAAACUUCAUGUGCAGGUGUCGUCGCAGGCUGCAACUCAAUCUGAACAAAAUGUGAAAGAGGAAUGGGCUGCAACUGUUAUUCAAACUGCUUUCCGAGCUUUCCUGGCCAGACGAGCGUUACGAGCUUUGAAAGGACUUGUCAAACUGCAGGCCCUUGUUAGGGGCCAUGCUGUUAGGAAACAAGCUGCAAUAACCCUUCGUUGCAUGCAAGCUUUGGUUAGAGUCCAGGCCCGUGUUAGAGCAAGGCGAGUGCGCAUAGCCUUGGAGAGUCAACUUGGGCAGCAAACGGCUCAACAACAGGUUGCUCAGGAUGCACAUGUUAAAGAAAUAGAGGAAGGUUGGUGUGACAGUGUUGGAUCUGUUGAGGAAAUGCAAGCAAAACUGCUAAAAAGGAAAGAAGCUGCAGCCAAACGUGAGAGAGCGAUGGCUUAUGCUCUUUCUCAUCAGUGGCAAGCAGGUUCCAGGCAGCAGACAGGCCCUCUAGGGUAUGAACCAGAUACAAACAGUUGGGGUUGGAAUUGGUUAGAGAGAUGGAUGGCAGUCCGGCCAUGGGAGAAUCGUUUUCUUGACAUCAAUAUCAAAGAUGGAGUUAUGGCUAAUGGAAAUGUACCAAAAGAGGGAAAGCAAGUAGCCACAUCUUUUUUGAAGCUUUCUGAGAGGAAGCCUAUUUCUACUCUUCAUUCAAAUUGUGUCAUUCAGAAAACUAUUCCCUCUCAUUCUGAAGGAAGUGGAUCCUCAUCAAAUCGUUCUGUGAAACUGGUGGGUGCCUCCAACCUGGUGCCAGUUGAAGCCAUUUCUAGAUCUUAUGGUAUGGUCCCAAGGUCCAAAAGCACUCCAAAAGAAAGGAAUCUGCAAUUAGAUUCGCAGGAUAGGAAGAGGUUCUCAUUACCUGACAAUGGUGCAUCAGCAGCGAAGCGAAAGAUUAAUCGGCCUUCAACAAGCAAGGCAACCAACUCUCAAAAGACAAUCAAGGAAGCGCCCAAAUCAGAUGAAGAGCAACGGAUUCUGAAUCUGAAAAACGAAGCAACAGAAAGCGUUGAAAUCCAAGCAUGAGAAACUGCUACUCUUUGUACUUAUGUAUUGUGCAUAAAACCUGGCAACUCAUCCAACUAUUUCUCCCAUUGUUGUGAAGGAAUUACUGCAACAUAGUGAGGCAGACGCAGAGAGCUCUUUCUGCUGCGUAAAUUUAGUGGGAUCUUCAUAUGGCACCAAUGUUUUCCUAUUUGAUUUAUGAUUGUUGGAUAUGUUUUGUUUUUUCUGGUUAAUUUU